AUAUUUCCCUCUUGAUACUUUUUCUCCACUCUUAGGUCAAAUUUCCGCGUUAUCUUUUGAUUUCAUUCUAUACUAUUGAAUUUCUUUUACUCCACAGCAAAAUAAUACUUUCACUUUCAUUUGUUCAAGCAGACUGAGAUGAACAACGUGAAAUACGAAGCGGAACACAUUGUGAACUCACGUGGGGUGAAGCUUUUCACGUGCCGAUGGGCACCUGCAAAUGUUGAUCCAAAAGCUUUGAUUUUCUUGUGCCAUGGAUAUGGCAUGGAGUGCAGCAUCUCAAUGAGAGGUUGUGCUACUAGGCUUGUUGAGGCCGGGUACGAAGUCCAUGGCAUCGACUGUGAAGGCCACGGAAAGUCGUCUGGGCUGCAGGGAUUGGUUACCAAUUUCGAUGAUCUUGUUGAUGAUUUAUCCGAAUAUUUCACUAAUAUUUCUGAAAGGAAAGAAAAUAGGGGGAAAAUGAGGAUUCUAUUGGGCGAGUCCAUGGGUGGGGCAAUGGUUUUAAGACUUCACUUAAAGAAGCCCGAUUACUGGGACGGCGGGAUACUCGUUGCACCUAUGUGUAAGAAAAGGGAAAAUAGUGGUUUGGAGAGUUCGGUUCAGAAUCAAGACUCAACGAUCACUGAGUUGAGCUUAGGUGAACCUGACUCUAGAGAAUCAGACACAUUGCCUGGUCCCGCCUCAGGGAAAGUAGAGGGGGUAAGAAUUUGGACCAAUGAAGGAACCGAGCCUAGUAAGGAGGGUUUGGGUGGAGCCUGGCCAAGCGAGGGUGUCGAUUCCAUGGGAGUUGGGUACGACGCAAGGGAAGAGGGGUUGGAUGGGCUAGCGGGAGGUGGGGACGGAAAAGAAGAAGAAGAAAAUUUUGCAUCCGAUAAAACCCAAAAGAGCAAGGUUCGACAUGAUAGGCUUGUUAGAGGGCUUGCCGAAGGAGAAUUUGCCUAUGAGGGUUCGAGAGGAAGGAUUUUGUCGGUCCGAGGCCGACAGAUUAUGUUGAAGAGGAGGCAUGGCCAGAUUGAAAGGGUCGGGCUAGGUUCAGGCCGGUAUGGGGGGGACCGGACUGAGAUUGAACGAGGCAGGGUUGGGUUUGGGCCGGACUGGGGGAUUUGGGUUUCGUUCGGGCUGGGCAGAGUGGGGUGGGCAUUAGAUGAAUUGGAGAGGGUUGAAGUGUGGACGGGCUUGGUAGAGAGGCUGUUGUCUGGUGGAAAUUUGUGCCGCCGGCUGGUUGAGGAGAUUGCUGAUGACAUUAGACCAAACCCAUUGGUGAUCAAAAUUUUGAUUGCUUUGUCUCGGGUUAUCCCAACCUGGAAACUUACCCCAACUCCAGACAUAAUUGAAAAAGCAAUUAGAGACCCACAAGUUGUCAAGGAGGUUAGAUCCAAUCCAUACACAUACAAAGGCCUGCCCCGUCUGCAAACAGCCCACCAAUUAUUUAAAGUCAGCAUGGAUUUGGAAACAAGACUUCAUGAGGUCUCCUUGCCCUUCAUUGUCCUUCAUGGAGAGGACGAUAAAGUCACCGACCCGUCUGUGAGCAGAGUUCUUUACGAGUCUGCUCGUUCAUCGGACAAGACGUUCAAGUCUGCCGCCAGAAAUGCCCAACUCGAAGAGCAGAAGAAGUUUGCUAAUGACCAAAAUUCUCUCAAAAUCGGCUCCAAGUGA